GCGGAAUCUGCUAUGGGCUUGCUCUUGAAGACUCACGGAGAGCGAAUGUCGUCAUGAGCGCAGGGUGAAGAUUCUGCACAAGGGGAUGCUGACCACAUGCACAGCACCAGGGAUACUAUAACAACAGGACAGUAUGGCUGCCACUGUUGCUGUCAGUCCCAGCGAAUAUCUCCAGCAUUCUACCACCUCCUCACAAGUGAGUACAAUGGACCCUCAACCCUCUCCACUGGCUCUCUUGGCUGCCACAUGCAGUAAGAUCGGCCCUCCUGCUGCCCAGGCCCCUAUCACUGCUCCUCCCGCCCAGCCUCAACCCCGGAGACUUCUUCCCAUCAAACCAGCUCCUAUUGCCCCUGCUCCGCCCAAAAACCUGGGUUUCCUUUCAGCCAAGGGUAAUGUUAUCCAGCUUCCCGCUGGCCUAGGCUCCACCAACCCUGGCAGCCCCAUUGUGCUCACCAUCCAGAGCCCGGGCCGCACUAACGCCUCAACCCCCACCAAUAUCCAGUACCAGGUGGUGCCCCAAAUUCAGGGCACACAAACCAUUCAGGUGAUGCCGCAGGGAGGCCAGAUCCAGCUCAUCCCAGGCACCAACCAGGCCAUCAUUGCCACACCUAUGACCAUGCCCACCCCGGCACCUGCCACUGCUCCAGUCACGCCGCAAAAGACUGUGGCCAUCAAGCCCUCACCCAGGGGAAGGAAGCCCAAUAAUAUGACCUCCAACAUUGUUCAGCUCCCCAGUGGGCUCACGCUGCCACUCAAUGUGGCUACCGGGGAGGUGGGCGGGACUCAGAUUGUCACAGAGACUGCCACAGCCCCUCCUCCUGCUCCAGUGAAGGGACGACGUGGAAGGAAGAAGAAAAUGGUUUUGGCAGCUCAGCCUCCUCCUCCUCUACCUCCACAGCCAGUCUCCCCACCCCCUGAGCAGAUGGAGACCAUACUGAUAGAAGCCACUGAUAACAUCAUUCAGGCAGGAAACAACCUUUUGAUAGUCCAGAGCCCAGGGCAGCCGGCGGUGGUGCAGCAGGUCCAGUUAGUUCACCCCAAGCAGGAGACUCAGGUGGUCCAGAUCCCCCAGCAGGCGCUAAAAGUGGUCCAGGCUGCAUCCGCCACACUGCCCCCUGUUCCACAGAGACAGCCGGCCUUGCCAAGCCUCCAGAUGGCCCCUGCAGAGCCCUCAUCAACACAGAUCCUAAUCAAAACACCAUCAGGGGAAUGGCAGACCCUUCAGCUCCAAGAGACGAUCUCCACAACGACCACACCCUCUACAUCAGUUACCACCACUGUCUCUCCAGCAGCUGGCACCAAGAGGACACAGGCAGGGGGGGGUCGGAAAGAGAGGACUCUGGCUAAGAUUGCCCCAGCUGGGGGGAUGAUUGCAUUGAACACGGCGCAGCUCUCCUCGGCAACUCAGGCUGUUCAGACCAUCAACAUCAAUGGGGUUCAAGUGCAGGGAGUCCCGGUCACCAUCACCAACGCUGGGGGCCAGCAGCACCUUACAGUGCAGACGAUGCAGGGUGGAGGACUCCAGCUGGCAGGGACUCAAGGGCAGCCAGCAGUCCAGGUGGACCAGACCCUUACCCUGGAGCUGCCUACCCAGCCGGGGGAAAAGAAGCGUCGCAUGGCCUGCACCUGCCCCAACUGUAAAGAUGCAGACAAAAGGCCUGGUGAGGUGGGGAAAAGGAAGCACAUUUGCCAUAUCCCAGGCUGUGAGAAAACAUUCAGGAAAACAUCACUCCUGAGGGCCCAUGUUCGGCUUCAUACUGGUGAGAGACCUUUUGUCUGCAACUGGGUCUUCUGUGGCAAACGCUUCACACGCAGUGAUGAACUACAGAGGCACGCCAGGACACACACAGGAGACAAGCGCUUUGAAUGCAACCAGUGUCAGAAACGCUUCAUGCGGAGUGACCACCUAACAAAGCAUUACAAAACUCACAUAAACACCAAGAACUUGUGAGGGGGUCCUGUCGUGGACUUAGAGGCACUCAUGAACCAGACUCCACAGAGGGAGUAGGGGAAGGUCAAAGGUCGCCAUGGGUAGUGUUUUGACUGUUGUCCCAUAAUGGGAAGGUUUCACAAAGAAAAAAAAAACCUCCAAAAACCAUCCACCUCCCGUGGCACUCCCCUUGGAUGUUGGCUAGCCUGGUGUACAUACCAAUCCCUCCUCACAGAUUCCAGACUGAUUCAGCAGAUGUAUAAAUAAUAUUUUUUCUAAUAUUUGUUGUUUUGGCGGACAGCCAGCUGAGCUACGCAAGCGGAGUACAUAGGACAGGAAGUCGGGUUGAGGUGUAAGACGUGGACCUCAAGCUGACUGUAAAGACGCAGAUGCUUGGCUUUGUCUUUUAAACCGCGCUGGGGGAAGGACAUGUGCAGAAUUCCCCAGACAAAAACACCCCAAGCCUACUGAACUCCAGUCACUUUUUAAUCUCUUUUUCUGCUCCCCAACCCCCCCCCCCAAAAAAAACUUAAUAGGUUUUAAAUUAUUGCAGGGGUCACUUAAGUUCUGUUGGUGAAAGAGAGAAGGUGAAAUUUAACCCUUAUUUAAUGCUGUGCACUGCAAGAUAGGCUGAUGAUUAUUAUCUUGGUUGAACAGUAUUUUGUCAUUUUCCUGCUCUUUAUCAGUUUGCCUCAUUUGUUUCAACAUAUUUGACUAGUCAGGGCAUUUAAAUCCCGUACACUGAAAAACAAGAAGAAAUUUAACAUUAAAAUGGUUUUCAGACUUUACAACUUCAAGAAGCUCACAUUGGCUAUAUUUAUUCAAACUACCAUGUGUAUAUUGACUCCAAAAUGCAGUGCACUCUAAAUGGGCAUAUGUUGUUGGUUUUAUGUUAAAGUCUGAAUAAUAGAGAUGCCACUGGGUAAUAAAGAAGGAAAUGCUUGUUAUUUUAAAACUUAGCGUUGAGCCUCCUAUUUCAACCAACAAUUUGUGAUGGGAGGGGCGAGCCUGCUAGAAAUGUCAAGUUCUCCCUCGUGAGCCCUCCCAGGAUCCAUGCCAGGUUUCAGCCUUGGUGCUCACAUGACUUUGACGAUGCAAGAGUAAAGUGACAUCACAUCCUGUGCACUGGUAUUAGUUCACAACUGUCAUGGUAACAAUGUCGUUGGACCAAGGAAAGAAAUGUGAAUCAGUUCAUCUGGACACAACAUUUAUUGAGAGAAAUGUUUCGUCACUCAUCUAAGUGACCUCUUCAGUUUCAACUGACUGCAGGUAUCCCCACCUUUAUAAAAAAUACAGUGGCAUAAUGACUGAAAAUGAUCGGUUUCAUUUGCAAAUUGCCACGAGCAUUAACUAGAGUUUCAAUGGCAAUUGCAGCGUGUUUUGGGGUUUGAAAGGAUCGGGUCCCCUGGCAUAACAGAGCAAUAUAGUGGACGCGGUUAAGUGCAGGGAGGAUUGCCGUGACUUGUAAAUCAGAAAAACCAAACAGACACUGGCUAAGAGAAUGGCACAACACAGAAGAGCUAAUACGUCAGGCCAGCACCCCGCAGUCUACACCCAUCUACAGGCCAGUGGCCACUCUUUCAAGUCAAUUUUAUUUGUAUAGCCCAAUAUCACAAAUUACAAAUUUGCCUCAGUGGGCUUAACAGCAACACAACAUCCUGUCCUUAGACCCUGUCAUCGGAUAAGGAACAACUCCCUAAAAAAAAACAAAAAAAAAAAACUUUGGUAACAGGGAGAAAAAAUAGGAAGAAACCUCAGGGAGAGCAAGAGAGGAGGGAUCUCUCUCCCAAGACGGACAAUUUGCAAUGGAUGUUGUGUCUACAGAAUUUACACAAUACAACAUUGAAAGAGGAUAAACAGAAUUAUAAUGGACUUAUAAAAUUUAUGAAGAAUAUGAUGCGCAGGAUGUCAAGCAAUGCCCAGACACCAUCGGAACAGUCCAGGACCCAAACUACGUGACCAGCAUCAUCAUGUAAAAAAAAAAAUGAUGUGGAUUUAUAAAAAGGAUGAGGCUCAAUCAGUCAAUCAAGUUGCAUUUUAUAUAGUGCUUUUCUAGCUGCAACAGCCACUCAAAGUGCUUUACAUAAAUAUAUACAUAAGAAUAUUAUAUACAGAUAAUAUAAAGUAUAUCAAACCAAAACUAGUUUUCAAAUAAUGUUCUAUUCUGUUCUAUUCUAUCACAUUCUGCUCUGCUCUAUUCUAUUCUGCUCUAAAAUGUUAUGUUCUAUUCUGUUCUGUUCUAUUCUGCUCUGUGUGCAUAUCCCUGAUAAGGAGGAAUGCUGGUUUGAAAGAGGAGUCAAAUACCCCUUGUCCACUACAUGGUACCGGCUCAACUCGACUUGCCCUUUUUUCAUUUUCCAUUCCUGGAAAGUACCAGCAUUUUUAUAACUGUUACCACUUUUCUGGUACCACCUUUGUCGAGGUACCAAAAACACUGGAGCGGGUACCAAAAUCAUUGCAGGCCUCUGAUUGGCCAGAGAAAUGUGUCACUGCAUCACUGUGUCAUCAAUGUGCGCAUGGGAUAUCACCCGGCAUUUUUAAAUACUGAAGCGAUCGAAGUGGAGUUAUCUUAAAAAUACAUUUUGAAAUUGAAAACAAGGCGUCGCUAUGACGGCCAGCCACACUGAGGGGGUACUGUUACAGUAAUGGAAAACAAUACAGAAGCGAAUCGCGUUGAGUCAAGUUGAACUGGUACCAUGUAGUGAAAAAGGGGCAAAAGAGGCCAUCUAUGUGAAGAGGGAACAACUAUCCCUGAACUGUGGGAGGGGGUGGGGGGGGGCAAGAGCACAUCUGUCACCAACCAUUUUACAAUG